AUGGAUCACAUUACUGCUUUAGAAAAUAAAAAUGAAAAACUUGAAUAUAAUGCAAGAAGACUUAGCAAAGAAAAAGAUCUAGAUAAAAAACAUAAAAUACACAAAAAACUUUAUACUAAAUAUCAGGAAUCUAGUUCAGAAAGAUCAAGCUCUGAAUAUGAAUCAGAUGAGGAUAAGAAUGCUAGCUUUACAAUUAAUACACCAAAUGGUCAAUCAGCAACUUCACUGAUUCUAAAACCUUCAUCUGAAAAAAGCCAAUAUAUAAAUGCUUUUUAUGAUCUCAUUAAUUGCUAUGCUCCUAGUGAUGUUGAAUAUAAAAAUAUUGAUAAAAAUGUUAAGAUUAAUAUCAUACACAAG